AAAUUAAAUAAAAAAAUAUGUUAUUAAAAUUAUCGAAAAUCCUCUAUAAUUUCUCUUCAACUUCUCCAAAAGGUUAUAACCUAUACACCUGGUCAGGUGCUUUAGGAUCUGACCUAAUCCCCCGUAAAUUAACUUUAACAGAUCCAUCUGGCAAAGAAUUAAAUAACAAAAUAACUAAAGUAAGAUUAGGUUAAGGUCACAACUCCUUAAUAACUACCGAAGGUCACUUAUAUACAUGGGGAACUAAUAACUAUGGUUGUUUAGGUCAUAAUGAUAACAAAUAAUACGAAAAGCCUAAAUUACUUGAAUUUUUUGUAAAAAAAAAUCUCCGAGUAAUUGACGUUGGAUGCGGUGAUAAUUUCACAAUAGCCCUUACACACGAUGGUGAUGUAUGGACAUGGGGUUUCGGUGGAAAAUAAAGGAACUUUUUACUGAAGUAUUUAUUCCAAGAUGGCGGUCCUUUAGGUCAUGGAGAUUAAAAACACCAUUUUACCCCUUAACCAGUUUUAUCUUUAAGAAAACUACCACCAACUAUAUAAAUAUCGUGUGGAGUAGCAUUUUGUAAUGCAUUAACUAAGGAGAAAGACUUAUUUUAAUGGGGAAGGGGUUAACAUGGUAUUUUUGGGGAUGGAAUUUUCACCGAAUAAUUAAAGCCGAGAUUGAAUUAAUAUUUUACAAGGGAAAAACAAAACGGAACUACUAUUGAAAAAAUAAAAAGUUGCAAUUAUUACUCUAUAGCGAAACUCUCGAAUGGAAAAAUAGUUGGAUGGGGUUCUAAUGAUUUCGGAUAAAUGGGUAUAUAAAAUGAAAUUGGAGUCGAAUUACAUGAAACUGCGCCUUUUCCAGCUAAUUUACAUAUGUAAAAUUUUAAAGCAGAAAUCGAAGAUUUUAAAAUCGGAGAAGAUGUUUUAGUUGUUAAAUUAUUAAAUAAUUAAAUCUACUAUUCGGGUAUGAAAAUAGCGUAUUUACCUAAAUUGUUUGAUUUGCCGAAAGAUGUAGGCAAAAUUAAGUGUUUUGGGGCUUCUUAUAGAAGUUUUGCAGUUGUGGAUGAAAAUAAUUAAAUUUAUAUGUUUAAUAAAUUCAUGAAACAUAAUAAGGAAGAUGUCCAUUCUGGUAUUUAUUUUGCAGAUAAUAAGCUUUUUAAUGGAGGAAAUAUAGGGAAAAUCGGAGGAGUUUAUAGAAAUAAUUAUGCUUUAGUUGAGGAAAAUUGAUUUUAUUUAUAUAUAUAUAUAUAUUUUUUUUUUGUGUGUUUAUUAAAAUAUUUAUUUAAUAUAGACU